AUGUCCGCACCUAUUGUCACUAAAAUCAAUCCAACAUCCGGCCCCGUUACUGGUGGGAAUACAGCAGUCGUCAGCGGCUCCGGGUUCAUAUUCGCCACGUCAGUGAGAUUCGGCUCAACGGCUGCCACCUCGUUCACCGUGAUCUCUAGCACAGUGAUAACCGCCGUGGUUCCACCAGGUCCUGGCGCUGGCGGCAACGUCUCCAUCCUCGUCACUGGACCAGGUGGUACCAGUGCCGCCGGCACCACUUACACCUAUAUAGUGGUUCCUGUCGUGAGCAAUGUGAGCCCCACUAGCGGCCCUGCUGCUGGCGGAAACACCGUAACCAUCAGCGGCUCUGGAUUCGCGAACGCCACGUCAGUGAGAUUCGGCUCAACUGCUGCCACCUCGCUCACCGUGGUCUCCAGCACAGUGAUAACCGCCGUGGUUCCACCAGGUCCUGGCGCUGGCGGCAACGUCUCUGUCCUCGUCACUGGACCAGGUGGUACCAGUGCCGCUGGCACCACUUACACCUAUAUAGUGGCUCCUGUCGUGAGCAGUGUGAGCCCCACUAGCGGCCCUGCUGCUGGCGGAAACACCGUAACCAUCAGCGGCUCUGGGUUCGCGAACGCCACGUCAGUGAGAUUCGGCUCAACUGCUGCCACCUCGCUCACCGUGGUCUCCAGCACAGUGAUAACCGCCGUGGUUCCACCAGGUCCUGGCGCUGGCGGCAACGUCUCCGUCCUCAUCACUGGACCAGGUGGUACCAGUGCCGCCGGCACUACCUACACUUAUACUGCCACUCCAACUCCUACCAUCACAGGGCUUACCCCCUCGGCCGGGCCGGUAUCCGGAGGGAAUACUGUCACUAUCAUAGGCUCGAACCUCAAUGGCGCCACCGAGGUUACGUUUGCUGGUACCCCAGCCAGUACUUUCACAAUAUCAUCACCCACUCAAGUGAAUGCUCUGGCUCCACCAGGCACAGUUGGGACUGCCCCUGUAGUGGUCAUAACGUCUGCUGGUACUAGUGCGGGAUUCGAGUAUACUUAUAUUGCACCACCUGCACCGAUGGCAGUGUUUCCUACUACGGGUGUCAUAGCUGGCGGCGAAAUUGUCACCAUCACCGGUACUAAUCUCUUGGAUACCACCAGUGUGAAUUUCGGAACCACCCCCGCAGCUAGCUUUACGGUCGUCAGUGAUACGGAAAUCGAUGCUAUCACACCAAUGCACCUUCCUGGCACGAUCCCAAUCAAUAUUGCCACACUGGGCGGCACAGAUAACUCCCUUAGCUUCCAAUUCCAGCCGCCACCGGCAAUUAGUUCCAUCACUCCAACUUCUGGUCCAAUUGCGGGAGGCGCUAUGGUGGCCAUUACUGGGGCAGGCUUGAUCAAUACCAAUGACGUCUACUUUGGGACAACUCCAGCAAUGGCCUUUGCUAUUAGCUCGGAUAACACGGUAACCGCAACGUCCCCCGCCGGAGCAGCAGGGGUUAGGGCUGUAACAGUUAAUACUGCUUCUGCCACUAGCAACGGCGCCAUGUUUCUAUAUGUCGAUAGGCCGACAUUUACUAGCGUGUCUCCUACUGGUGGCGCCAUUGCCGGUGGCAAUUAUGUGACUCUUACUGGAAGGAGUUUCACGACAGCCACUAAUGUCGUUUUUGGGACUAACCCAGCUGCAUUCAGUGUCCUCAGCGACACCUUGAUUAGUGCAGUUGCACCUUCUGGCACUAGUGCGGUUUCUGUAACUGUUAUGAACCCUGGAGGCACUAGUGGUGCUCGGACGUACAUUUACUCUUAA